AUGGAUUCCAAAGCUGAAUCGAACUUUAAUGCUAAAGUUAAUAAUAGCGUAUACAAAAAUGAGGAGAAGGAAGAAAUGGAGACGGAGAGUGCAGAGGUCCCGCGCGUAACUAUAGACGAAGUGUGUGAACGAGUUGGCAAACUGAGUAUGGACGAGGCCAGCGGAUCUGGGAGCUCGACCGAUAGCGAGGACUUAGUUAACGCAAUCAACUACAACACCAUUACAUCUCUGGCAGCCCUGAAGGAUAUUAUACAGGGCGAUAGCAAUGACACCCCUGAAACCGAUACUUUCUUCCAGCAUUACUUUAUGAACCAUUGCAAUAACCUUUCAAGUCGCAAUUCAAACUCGCCCUUCCCGUUCGUUGAGCGCCGCCGUCUCUCCCAGUGUCGCGAAGAGGACGAGGAUGAGGAGAAGAAGGAGGGCGCUAGGUCGCCUUCUAUUGAAGCUAGUUCCGUGGUCGCAUCGGACACCAAAGCAGAUGUCGCCAGCAAAGAGCACAACGCAAGCGCCGGCAUGGCGAAAGAUAUUGAGGUAAACAACGCGCCAGCGAUUGAGGGUGACACUUCGCCCGACGAACAGGAACCUUCUAAGCGCACGGUGAUGGGGGCGAAACACAAAUUCCUCGUGACCGCAGCCGAACCCGCCCCCGCGCCGCUAGAGAAGGCACUGCGCUCUCAAGUCCACAAUGCGCACACGGUGCAUUUCGGCACAAAGGGGGCAGAGGAGCAAAGGCCGAGUGUCAGGUCUAUUUUUACGGGACAGAAUCUCCACCGCGAUAAAAAUUAUUUCGAUAGUAGUUUAAUAGAAAUAAGGUCAACGGUUGACGGAGUGCCAACGAGCUCGGAGGACAUUUGGGUUAAACGGACCGAGGAUACUAAGCAAUUGCCCAAACAAACAACACAGACUAAGACAAAGGUUAUUGAACCGGUGAAACAACCAGUGGGUGACAAUAUUGAUAGAAAUGCAGAACCGAAACGUGUCCGAUCCGGCACUUGGAGCUCACAGACUGCGCACAAAGAAAAAGAGGCUGUGAAGAAAAUGAAUCCUAAGAAGGAUAAGGAGAGAAGAAACAGUGAUGAUAGGCGAUAUAAACGAGAGCAAAGAUUGGAUGCGGCGAUCACUCGAAGCUCCCAGUCGGUGGGAGAACGCAAGCGGAGGGGCUCUGCGGACGAGGGCCAGCCCCACUACAUGUACCAGCAAACAAUACACGGCACAAGCGGAGUCAGCAGGCGGCCCGCCCUUUUUGACCUCUUCAAAUCGAAACCGCGCGGUGACUCUAAGAAACCGCCAUCCAUUAUGCAACAAGUCAAGGCUGCCGUUCAGAGCAUGACGAAAUCCGGCUCUGCGGGCAAAGACGCGCAAAAGCACGACAGCCUCUCGGAGGCGGAAAAAAAACAGGGCGCUUCCGCGACGUCCAAUUCCAAAAUCAAAGAUGGUUCCGCACACCCGCAUCCGGGUAGCGAUUCGAGAUACUACCAUACGCUGACCGUGUCGGAGACAAGGCGGCCGAGCGCGAUGGCGAAAGUUAUGGAAAUGUUCCGAGGUCGCGCCUCCAUACCGGGUCAGACGGUGCCGUUAGAGAGCGCUGAGAAACGCAGAGCGAGGGCGAUUGCUCAACAGCAGCACUUGAGUGGUGGCGAGCCGAGUCGUAGCAUCCUCGAUUCCUCGCCGGUCGCGUGCUCGCCACGCGGUCGUCUGCACCUC